UCAUCCGGUGAUUUCCCUUCUUUGAACUCAUUCUACAAAAGUCCCUAAAUGGUGGAAAUUUCCAACAGGAUUGGUAAUAACUUCUGUGCGUAUACUUAAAAGGUCCCUAAAUGACGGAAAUUUCCAGCGGGAUGGAUAAUAACUUCGUAGUAGGCAGUUAUUUUGGAUUGAUUUUAACAAAUAUUUGAUUGAUAUUUGAUAUGUUACGGACAAAUGUUAGAAGAAUAUUUAAAGAAAACAAAUAUAUGUCCCACUCACAAGGAAGAGAUAUCACGCCUGGAGAGGAGAGGCUAAAUAACAUUCAUCAUAGAAACAACAAUGUGACUGAUAUAGACGAUGAUGGCGCUACAAGUCCUACAAUACAGUCACAGUAUGAUGAAGUGACAAAUAAUGUUUUUCUUCCAUCAGGAGGUCAAGGUCGUUAUGUACGAGUUAUAGGUGAAGACCGUCCUGUAUGGAUCGCUAACAAUGGCCCAGCACUGGAACCUAUGGAUGAAAGUGGAGACAAUGAAUCUGAAAGUGUUCCCAGAUACAGUCAAUCCAUCAUAAUGCAUCCAUAUAAUAUAGAACAAAACCGAUACGAAACUUUUCGUUCCCAGUGGCCAAGGUCGGCACCUGUCACUCCUGACGAACUAGCUAAAGCAGGAUUUAAAUAUAUUGGACCAGGUGAUCGGGUCAAAUGUGUAUUUUGUCACGGUAUUCUCUCCAAUUGGGUUCCUGGGGACCGUCCAUUCGAGGAACAUAAAAAACAUUUUCCGAACUGUGUUUUUGUUUGUGGAAUGAAUGUGAACAAUGUUCCAUAUAAUCGUCAUGUAGCUACAAUACAGAGAUCAAUACCAGCUAGAAUAGAAUCAACAUUAGUACGACCUGCUACAACGUCGUCUGCUCAAAGCCCUAAACAUCCUCAAUAUCGUAUUAAAUCAGACCGUUUAGUAACUUUUAAUGAAUGGCCAUCACAAAUACGACAAAAACCUGAAGAUAUGGCUGAUGCAGGACUUUUUUACCUGGGUCAAGGUGAUAAAGUGAAAUGUUAUUUUUGUGAUGGUAUGUUACACACCUGGGAUCCAGACGAUGAACCCUGGAUAGAACAUGCGAAAUGGUUUCCUCAUUGUGAAUAUAUUAAAUUGAUAAAAGGAGAAGAUUUUAUCAAGGGAGUACAAAAUGGAGAAAUAACCUCAGUUAAGACACAAUCACAACAGAAUGUGGCAGGAAGUGGCAGUUCAACUCGACGCAGAGAUUUGGAAAAGGAACCAGCAAUACGGGCUGUUUUAGAGGAUGGAAAUACUAUGGAACAAAUCUUAAAUGCUCUUGUUAAACUAGGGAUACAUUCAGAUUCUGAUACAGAACUACCUAAUGCUGAAACCAUCUUAAGAAAGAUUAUGCAAAUAGAAGAUAGGAAGAAAAAUGAGAGAAUGGAUUCAAUAAAUUCACAAGAUGAUGAAGAAUACUCAUCGUUGGUCGAAGAAAACAGAAAUUUAAAAGAACAGAGAUUGUGUAAAAUAUGUUUAGAAAAAGAAGUCAGUAUAAUAUUUUUACCCUGUGGACAUGUUUGCUGUUGUGGAGAGUGCUCAUUGUCAGUUCAGCUAUGUCCUAUUUGUCGAAAAGAAAUAGAGAUGAGAAACAAAGCUUUUUUAUCUUAAGCAAAAAUUGAAGCAAACUUUUAGGGUUAUUUGAAAUACAAUAUAUGAUAUUAGUUACAUUUAUUUUCUUCUUGAAAUUUCCAUCACCUCUUUAUUUUAGUGAAGUAUGCAAAUAAGUGUAUUAUAUGGAUUGUUUAAGAUAAUAUAUUAAUAUUGUAUUUUAGAUGUAUAUUUCUUUAACCUAACAAGUGGAAUGUUUUGACUUAUGUUUUGAUACAUGUUACCUAGUGUAGGGUACUAACUGUUGUUUAUUAAUUAGUAGCAGGAUACCCGGCUUCCCCCGGAGCCUAAAUUCACAUGCUGCCCAAAUUCACAUGGUACCCAAAUUCGCACGGUGCCCAAAUUUGCCUGGAGCCAAAAUUCACCUGGGGCCCACAUUCACCUGGGGCCCAGAUUUGCAGGAGGCCCAAAUUUGCCCUGAACUCAGUUUGCCCGGGACCCAAAUUAGAUAGCCUAAAACAUUCACUGGGUCAUGCUGGUUAAUUUUAUACGAGGCUACAUGUGUAGGGGUGGAGCACGGCGACAAAACCUGAUUCGUCUGGGGCCCAAAUUCUAUGGGCUAAAUCAUUUAUAGGGUCAUUCUGGUUAAUUUGAUGCCACGUAUAUGUAGGGGGUGGAGAGUAGCGACGAAGCGUGGCCAUACACACAUACAUACAUCUUUUUUUAAAUUUAUAUAUAUGAUAAGAAAACAAAUUGUAAUUUAAUUGAAACCAGAUGUCAUUGACAUUGCUAUAUUUUAUUAGAAGUUGUGCAGAUCCUGUGAACAUAUUAACCUAUGGAUUCAGUUUAUAGGAAUUUUACAGCGCCAGGCAUAUAAGAGGUGUUUUGUAUUUAUAUAGUAUCACUGGUUGAUAGUAAUGUCACUGCCAGAACAUUGCUGUGCUAGAAAAUAUGUUAGAUUACAUAAAUACAGAACAUGAAAAUGUAAUCUAGAAUAAUUAUGUAUCAUGAGACAAAAGUGCUUAGUGUGCUGAAUCUGACCAACUUCAUUCUAGAUGAAUGUCACAUUGUAGCACUAUCUAUCUAUGUAACUUUACACUUGUAACUCAGCAUUUAGUUAUAGAGUACCUGACAAGCAAUGACACACCCUAUAAACAUUGAUUUCAACAAACAGAGAGUGCUUGUUCAUACAGUUAAGCUGCCAGAUACUUCUUUCAAUGAUAAUUUUCUUGAAAUUCGGGAAUGCAUCAGUUUGGCUACAGUAUGCAUGAAUUUCCUAAAUUUGAUUAUCAGAUUUCAUGAAUUAUUCCUUUUAUAGAUAUUUUAUUAUCUUACUGCUUAAAUUUAUGACCCUUACACAAUAUAUUAAAGCUAGCAAUUUUAUAAAGCCUUCUUUUCCUCACUGUCUCUUAAUCUAUUUAGUAUCCAUUUGUGCUCAAAACAAGUAUUAACAAUGUCAAGGCUUUUUCCCCUUGUAAACUCACAAUUACGUGUGUUAUUUUUUAUGUGUCAUUGUUUUUAAAACCCACAAUAGAUGUUAUGUUUUUGUGUAAUUAGUUUUUAUACACCCACAUGGAAAUGUGGUUGUAUAUUGUCGUCACCCCUGUAUGUAUGUCUGUAAGUCCGUAGUCCACAAUUUCUUGUGAACACUCUGCAGACUGCAUUUAUCAUUUGAUUGUUUUGAAAUUGAUAUAAAUGUUGUUUACAUUAAUGAAAUGAAGAAUCAUAUUUAAUUUCAAUAAUUUCUGUUAAUUUCUUCUGGAGUUAUUGUGGAUUGUUUUGUGAUCUGUAUGAAAUUUAUAUGUAUCAUUUAAAUCCGUGAAACAAAGAAGCCUAUUGAAUUUCAGCAAUUUCCGUUAAUUACAUCUCGAGUUAUGGCUCUUGUUGAACCUUGUGAACACUUUUAAGGACAAAAGUUAACAUUCGAUCUGUAUGAACUUUAUAUCCAUCAUUUAACGAAGAAGCCUAUUGAAUUUCUGUUAAUUACUUCUAGAUUUAUGGCCAUUGUUUCACUUUGUUGCACCUUGUGGACGCUUGAUCGACAAAAAUUAUCUUCCGAUAUGUAUGAAAUUUAUAUGCAUCAUUUCAAUUAGUGAACAAAGAAGCUUGUUGAAUUUCAGCAAUUCUAGAACUAUGGUCCUUGUUUAACUCUGUGGAACCUUGUGAACGCUCGAACAACAAAAGUUAUCAUCUGAUCUGUAUGAAAUUUAUAUGCAUCAUUUCAAUUAGUGAAACGAAGAAGCAAUUGAGUUUCAGCAAUUUCUGUUAAUUACUUCUAGAGUUAUGACCCUUGUUUCACUUUGUUGGACCUUGUGAUUACUUGAUUGGCAAAAGUUAUCAUCUGAUCUGUAUGAAAUUCAUAUGUGUCAUUCGAAUUGGUGAAAUGAAGACGCUGGUGGAAUUUCAGCAAUUUCCAGUAAUUACUUCUAGAGUUACGUUGAACCUUGUGAACACUCGAACAUCAAAAGUCAUCAUCCGAUCCAUACGAAAUUUAUAUACAUCAUUUAAAUUGUUGAAAUGAAGAAUCUGAUUGAAUUUCAGCAAUUUCCUUAAUUAUUUCUAGGAUUAUUGCCCUUGUUUCACUGUGUUGGACCUUGUGAAUUCUCAAAUGACAACAGUCGUCAUCCAGUCUGCAUGAAAUUUAUAUGUGUCAUUUAAAUUAGUGAACGAAGAAGUUUUUUUGAAUUUCAUAUAUUUCCGUCAAUUACCUCUAGAGUUAUAUGGCCCUUGUUAUACUUUGUUGAACACUGUGAUUGGUCGACCAACAAAAGUUAGUAUUGGAUCUGUAUGAAAGUUAUAUGCAUUAUUUCAAUUAGUUAAACGACUUUCAACAGUUUCUGUAAAUUUCUUGCAGAGUUAAGGCCCUUGUUUCAGUUUGUAGAACCUUGAGAACCCUCAAAUGACGAAAAUUAUAAUCUGAUCUGUAUGAAAUUGUUUUGUAAAUUUCCUCAAUUACCUACAAAGGAAUAAAUAUGCGACAACCUUUGUUGACAGCUCGAACGAUUUAGCUGCUGUGAGCAUUUUUUUUUUUGCCUGGCAACCUAUCUGUUAUAUUAUUGGUAGAUACUUACAGUGCUGGUCAUUUUAUUUUUUAUAGGCUAACAUUGAUCGCGUAGUCCUAAGGAAGAAUCUCUUCAAAAUUCAAAGUUACACAUUGAUUUUGCGAAAAGCCUAAACACUACACUUAAGAUUUUGGGGGAUUUUUGUCAAACUUGCUAGGAUUGUUUAUUUAGUCCUGAUAUUCAGUGUUUUGCUACAGUUUUUUUUACAGAGCUAUUUACUCUUUCACUGAGAACUUUAAUACUCUGUAGACGUGAAAGUUUGAGAAACAAAAGAAUUGACUUGCCUAGCAAUUUUACACAUGUUUAUUGCCCCUGAGAACUUGAAAGCCACCCUUCAAAAUUCUGCCUGUGUUGAAUGGCAAUACCAUAUUGUUGUUUGUUUUUUUUUUUAAAAAAGCAACAUAAGGUUGUUGUUGUCAUCGGAAACAAUUUAAUGGUUUUACCCUAAGAGUUCUUUAAGAUAAGUUUUAUAGAAUUAGAAAUGUAACUAUGUAACUUUGAAUAACAGGAAUAAAGGUAGUACUGAAUGAGCAUCAAGGUAAGGUUAAAUAUAAAUUUUAUUCCAAACACAAUUUUGUGGAAUACCUUCAAAGUGUACUUUGUUUAUGUGUACAUUCACAAUAAUAAAUUAGAGCACAGGGAAAAUAGAGACAAAACAUAUGUACUUAUACAUGUUCUUCAAAAAAAAAAAUGAAAUAAAUUCAUUACAGACCAACGUGCCCAUAUCAGUAUGGGCGACCCAUAAAGCUGAGUGACAUUGGUUGGGCUUGCCCUCCCCCCCCCCCGCGCUAGCUAUGGGCCUAAGUAAGUUUAUCCAUGUGUAUUUCAAAUAUAAUGUAAACAAUAUAUUAGUGUAUAUAGAUUUAGUCGGAACACGCUUGAUAUGAAUUUCUUAACAAUAUUGGAGUGAUGUUUAUUGUAGUCUUGAUAUUCCAGGUCUCUUGUUCAGCCAGCGAGAGAUUGAAACAACUGAUAAAUUAAAUUUGAAUUCGUGCUUUGGGAGAGUUACAGCAUGGAUCAGUCGCAACAAUUGGACGAUUUCUAUUGGACUUAAUAUCAAAUCUUAUCAGACUAUUAUGAUGACAGUUAAAAGAAUGGUUUAUCUAGACUAUUUUAUUCAUAUCACUAUAUUGUUAAUAUUCAUUUAAAUAAUCAUUAACGGUCAUAUAAUAAUAUUUUUACUGAUAUUAAUAAAUCUGAGAUAUUUUAAAUAUUUAUAAUUUGUUUUUGUAGCACUCUUUAUUGCUAUUUAACAGAGUUUUCUCUACCAAAAUUUGUUCAAACAUAUUUCAUUGCAUGGACAAUAUAUUGUACCGAGUACAUAUAAAAGGAUUAGACAGACGUUAUAACAACUUAAAGAUUUUCUCUGUUAAAGAUACAUUAUGGGAGGUUAUGGCAGUUCUCACUAUAAUAGUUAAAAACUAGAUAAUGUAAAGGGAAUUUGAUGAAAAUUUCAGUCAAAUUCAUACCCUGAACCGAGAUUUUAGCCAUUGAAUUUUCGGCCUAGCCUCGAUCAUCGUUACUAAAAAACAUAGUCUCAAUUAUCCAUUUCAUGAUAAAAUCGGGAAUGGAAGUCGAACAGCAAAUCGGAGCCUAAUCCAAUAAACAUCGCAGGCUAGCGAUGAAAUCGAGAGUUGAUUACGGUCUGGAUAAGUUAAUUAAUGUCUAAUUAAUAAUUUAGAUAAUAUUUCAGGCCUAAAGAAAGAUCUGCAAUAAGCAGAGUUAGCUCUAGCUUAAUGUAUGUUUAAUAUAAAGAUUUUAGUGUACUAUAAUAAACUACAUGUAUAUUUACUUGUAUGUACAUGGUUUUUAAACUGUUAUUUAUUAUUGGCAGCAUACCUAUACAUAAGCAUACAAUUAUGGUUUUAUUGGUAGAAUGUUAGCUUCGUUAAGUUUUAUAUUAUGGUUGUGAUAUAUGUUACUGCAUGCACUGAAUAACUGUAAAACAAGAUACGAAGUAAAUAUCAGGAAGAAGA